GUGAUCCUCUAUCUCAUCCCGAAGGCUAUGAUGAAGUGGCUUUGUAUUCACGGAACCGGCUCCUCGGCAGCCAUCUUCCAAGACCAACUUACCGCCAUAACCAGCAAACUCGAACCGCACGGCCACACAUUCGAGUUUAUCAACGGACCAUUCCCCUCCAAACCCGCCGCCGGUAUCUCUCUUCGGUACCCCACGGGUCCCUACUACACGUGGUGGACCGAGUCCAACCCGGCCGCAAUCCGCGCCGCUUGCACAAACCUCCACGCGCAUUUCCAAGCCCACUCUACCCCCUAUGACGGCAUAAUCGCCUUUUCCCGCGGCUGCCUCCUCGUCUCCGCGUACAUCCACCUCCACCAAACUCUCUACCCCUCUGACCCGCUACCUUUCCGCACGGCGACGUUUCUCUGUGGCGGCCCUGUACUGUCCCUCAUUUCCGAUCUCGGCGUCCCCGUCUCCGCCACCGCGAAAGAAUGGGAUAAAAGGACCAAAAUCGCACUCCGCGAACGCGCAUCCAACGCCGCAAUCCUCAAAUACGGCAAGGAUCGGUGGCUAACCCCAGGUAGAUAG